CAAGGGAGGAUAAUGCUUGAAAGUUGAAAGAAAAUUUACGGAACGCUAUGUUUGCAAAUUAUACAUUACAUCUCUUCAUAUGAUCGGAUUUGAGCGUGUUGAGUGUUGAUCGUGUAUAACUUUCUAAAACUGCUGGGAUGUUCUUGAAAAAAAAGCAAUGCUUUUAUUAGAAUAGUAAAAUAAGACGGCCCUAAAUAACUAAUGAAUCGCUGGUUGAAAUUUUUUGAAAAUGAAACAUUGCCGAGAAAAUGAAAGCCACUGUUAUCGUUGAGGAAAGGCCCUGAAAGCAAAAACAACGCGAUUUUUGCUCGAAAUCUAGAUAUCUAGAUCCAAAUCAAAGUACAUAGUCUACUUAAGACAGUUUUUUGCCUCGACAUGGCAGCCAUGGAGUUGUGUGAGGUUUACAAGGUAGGAGUGAGCGAGAAGGUGAAGGAGGCGGAGGCCGAGUUGGCUCAUGAGCUGACAGAACUGAGGACCGAGCUGGAAGAGGUUGAUCUGCCCCCAAAGACAACCAGCUCUGUGCCAAUACCUGAAAAUAAAGAACACUUCAAACAGGAAAGAAAAUUUGUCAUCCAAAGGGCUUUAGAGGUAAGCGAAGCUCAUCCUGUCCGCUUACAAGCAGAUGAGAUGAAACAGGAGAUGGAAGCCGCUGAAGAGAGUGAAUACACCACUGGCAGCCUGCCUUUGCUACUGCAUCAGCACUUCACAGAGAGAAUUCAACACCUGAUUCAUCUGAAGCAUCAGCACAUGUUGAGAUGGAAGCGAUUUUGUGAGCAUUCCUCUACUAUUGAAAACCUCUACCCUCUUUACAGUCAGAGACUCACGAACCUGCUGAAUGAAUACAAAGACUGUGUACAAAGAGCUCAGCGUCUUUCAUCUGUCCGUGAGUCCCUCAUGCUGGAACGUUCAGAGGCAAGCGUGUCAGCGCUGAACAUGGAGGAUCUGCUUAUCUAUCUCCGUUGGCUUGUGUGCCACCUGCACUCCAUGAAGAGGUUCAAUCAGUACUUGAAGGUUCUUCAGUGGCUUCCCAUCAGCCACAAGACUGACAUCGCCCCACCUGGUGCUGAUAAUGCAGACAAGGAAGAGGCAACUCACGCCUCUAAGAUUGCCUCUCGCUACCAGGAUGACAUGUUUCAUCACGGCAUCCCAGGCAGUUCGAGGCCAACAUCUGCCCAAUCCGGCCACAGCCUGGUCUCUCCCAUCCCAUCCCCUCCCCCCAUCAAUCCGGCCCUGCUCACCACUUCACCAUUGCCUGCCUCGGCGAUGCUCUACGCUGCUGCUGCUGCGGGAGGAGGUCUGGCAUCUGAUGAGCAUAUGUUGAUCAUGCCCAUUCACACUAUGGACUUUGACUCCUUCCGGCCCCAGUUGGCUUUUCUAGUCAAUGUUUAUGCUAUCAGCUUUGAUCUGAGCAGUGUGCAUAACAGUGCUGAUGAGAUGGAGAUGUUUGGGGCUGUCAAUCGCAGGUUCAAGCACAUCUUUGUGAAACAAGAGCAUCUGAAUUCAUUCAAGACUUAUGACAGAAUUGAGCCAACACAGGACACAUCUAGUCCAGAGUCUCCAAACCAUGCUCUGAGGAAGGAGGCCAACUGGUGUAGCUUCAUCUCCCUCCACGCCGAGAGAGAUCCGCAACAGGAGAAAAUGUGGACACAGCUGCAUCAGCGCAAACACGUGGACGAGCUACUGCGUGUCCAGGCACACUUCGUCAAAGUGACCAACGCUGAGAAAGUUCAAGACACCCUGAAAGAGCAUGCAACUCAAGUGAGAAACCCACCCAUUGUGGCACCAGCUUCUGUGACCUCUCACCCCACACCAAACAACACGAGCACGGCAUGGAAGAAAAUCUAUUCAAACCCAGACCUGUAUACUGAAUCUGACAAAGAUGAUGCAGUUUCACUACCUGAUAUUGAUGAGAGGGAUGUGGAGAACGUCAACUUUGGAGGGAACAGCAGUCGAACAGGAAGUGCGCGUAAACGUCGUGACAGCUACGAUUAUGUUGGCACAGUUCAGAUGUUAGGUCUUGAUGACGGAGAGCAGGAUAAGUCUGACCCUGUGACAGCCCAAGGCGCAUAUCUGUCUUACCUACAUCUGAGACACCUGCGCAUCCGAGAUCUGCAGAGAAGUUGCCUUUCUGUCUUGAACUACUUCCGCUCCAUCGAGAGAACUCUGACCAUUAAUGACAUGGGUCUGGCUUCGGACGGGGAGGACAUGAGACAAAGCAACUCCCAGAACCACAGAAAUGGCACAGACAUGGACGGCAGUGUAGGAGGAGGAGGCAGCCUGGGCUCUCACGGCUACAUACACAACACUCCGGCAGAUUUUAAAAUGAGUGAGUCAGAUUUCGUCCAGUUCUCUGAGGUAGAGAACCACGAUGAUUUCUACAACCUGGAGGAGGGGCGGGUUCAUGUGCUGGACCAGAGAGGUUACUACAUCAUAUACGACAAGGCUCUGGAUGAUUUCAGAACUUUGGAGUCUGACCUGAUGUUGGUAGCCAGUCACUACAUUGAGAAGGACAGAGAUCUGCGAUCGGCUCGGAGGCUGCGGACGUCCAGCUCUGCCCGACAACAUGUCCAGUCGGCUGGUGACUUUGACAUUCCUAGCUACGCCCACCAAGACGUGGACAGGUUUGGAGUCCUUAUGGACAUCUGGACAAACCAGACCGCUUUUCUGGAAUGCAAAAGGGAGCUGUUGGACUGUUACUUUGAGGCAUACCAGCAUGUAGUGGACAGAGAGGAGAGACGGUCUUUGGCCCAAGUGAUCACCAACAUCAUGCAUCAGCGGCCAAGAUUUGACCUUGAAGCUGAGUACUUUGUGCGCAUGUACCGUGCUGAGUGUUCGGUGUUGAGACAUCACACGGCCCUGGUGAAGACCAUUCUGGAUAAACAGAUUGAGAGCCAGAGGGAGUUCACUCAGCGAGUCACCAGAGAGGGAGAUCACGAGUUUGGAUUGCCUAACAGGAUCAUUCCCAAGCAGCCAAUUGCUGUGAAUCUUAGUAGGAGCUCCAUGAGACCCACCAGCCUGACUCGGCCUACGCUGCCCUCAUGAUGGAGAAGAAACUGCUGCAGGUGGCUCUGAAAGAGUGGGAGGGGCUGCCCAUGAUGGGGACCAGCUUCUCCAUGCAAGUCCAGAAGGACCUGUUUUCGGACAUGUUUGCGGAGGACCCUCUCUUCCAGUGUGAGCUGGCCCAGCACUGUGUUCAGCAACAGGACCAGAAGGCAGGACGCCGAACACACAAAGAGAAGCAAGUGGCCAUGGUCAAGAUGAUAUCACGUCUCAUGGAGGUUUUGACACUGAGGCAGAGGAUGAUUGACGCAUGCUGGGAAACAGAAAUUCUGGCCAAGAUUUACAAGAAACAGGCCUCUGAGAUGGGCUACCCAGACUAUCACAUGAACAUGAGGUUUGUCCAGUUUGAGUUUGCCAGCUACAAGGAAAAAGCAGGGAAGGCACCACCAAUCUUCAUCACAGCCGUACAGGAAGAUGACACAGCCGUGGACAAGUAUACACCAUCUUGCCUGUACCUUGCAAUUCAUGAACUGGAUGAAGGCCAUGUGGGCAGGUUCACUUUCCGCAGCAGAGAUGGUGUCUUACAGGUGAUGAGGCCUGGUGGCAUGGAAAGUUUCCAAGUGGUGCUCAAGGCCCAGAUCCUCCAAAGAAAUGCUCUUGCAGCCGGGGUACUGCAGGCUAGCAUCUGCAACCCUGUCAAAGUGAAAGAAUGGAAGAGUGGCCGUGCCAGCCCGACUGAAACCAAAAGUGAGAAGAGUUCGGUCACUCAGAUGACCGGUAUGUCCAGUGGGACUGCAGGCACAGUGCUGGCUGGCAAAUUGUCCUCUGAUACCUCCAAGAGUCACAAAGCUCCGGAAGCAUUCUUUUCUCUACAGCUAGAAAAGACUCCAAGUCGAGACCUGAUGCUGAACGAAUUUGUCACCCGUAAGCAGCAGAUGGGCAGUGUUCUUCGGAACCCAGAUGAACUGGAGAGAGUGAAGAGAAAGCUGUUGUCGGAUUUCUGCCAUCGUUUUCACCUGCGUGUGGCUCAGGCCUCCAUGAGAGCGCAGCUGCUGGCUUACUACACAAGUAUCCUGACCAUCCUGGAAGCUUUUCCCAGUCUCAGGGAAAGCUACUUCGUGAUGGGUGAGCCGAAUGAGAAGAAAUCUAAAGAGGAUUGUCUGGAUGGUCUUUCUCCGGAUCCAAGGCUGCUGAAGAAGCGACCCAGACGUCUACUGUCGGAGGAUGGUCAACACGUCCUCAACCUCUGGUUUAUUCCACACCACACCGAGGUUCUGGUCAUGUUCAAGACACUGGAUGACGACUCGUGCGCCCGUGCCAUGUCCUUCGCUCUAAGCAUUGUGGCUGCCCUUCACGACAUGCUGCAGUAUCUCAGCGCUCACGCCAAGCUGGGCAGCUCUCACGCUCGGAUGGGCUCGCAGAAAGUGGAGUUUGUCUCGGCUGACUGGGGAGGCACAGAGGGAAUUGGUUCGGAGUUGCGAGACAUUCAGAAACAGAUCCAGAAUCUUCCAGAACCCACAGAUCCUCAGCUAGUGCUGGACUUGCUAAACUUGCGGCGAGAUGUCAUGUUUCUGGAGUUCGACACAGCUGUCAGGACCUGCAUGGCUGACACUUUUCUCUCUACGGGGAACAUGCAGGCGUAUGAGAGCAUUGUGAACAAUGCCCACUAUGCCCUGUCUAUGCUGAGCAGGGUCCAGCGUCCAAGCCUGAGCGCCACAUACUUGACCAUCCCUGAGCCACUCGAGGCUCGGGACUUGAAGGCCAAGCAGUUGUUUCCCUGGAGAUGUUUCUUGGGCCAAAAUGGCCCAUACCCAAUUGCAUUUUGGCAAUGGUUCAAGAUUGAAAGCUACGUCAGCCUAUGCCUGGCAGGACUCAAGGAUGUAGACAGACAUGUAGCCAAUGGUGAAAUCCUAGGUGUCACACUGCUGAUGGAGGACGUCCUUCAGACUGGCUUCCUGGGCUCCAUGCUGACUGUUGGCCUCGACUCACAAGCUCCGAGCCAGACAGAGUCUGUUGCGGGUGACCAUGCAGACACGGAGCGGUCAAACCGAAGUCAGAGCAGUGUUUUAUCCGACCUCAAGGAGGCCAGCAAAGCUUUAGCUGUGGCGCAACAACAGCGCAGCCUGUCUCGUACCCAGCAGCCCUUGGAGGCCUACAGACUGCUGCGCUUUUUCCUGCUGCUCUGGAAGUGUCUGGAGAUGAUGAAGCUGGACUGGGGCAAGAGGAAGCUGAUGGUGGAGAAGAUAAAUUCUACCGUGCUCUACAAAGAGUUCUGUAAGACCUACAGGAUGGAAAUCUUGUUGCCAGUGCUCCAGAGUGUUGCCCGUCGCUUGGGACAGGGAGAUCUCUAUGACAGUCUCAUUUUAGAUACAGAUGUAUACGUCAUGCCCAAGGGGGCUUCGGAGAUUGAAGUUCGCCUCAAGCAGCUUUUACGUCUGCUCGAGAGCCUGGAGACUCAUAUGAUCUCUGAGGUCCGCAAGCGAGUGUCAAAGGAGCUGACUCUGGCGGUGGCUGAACGGGCGAGGGAAGAGGAAGCCUUACCCACAGACUUGUGGAAAAGAGCAGUAAUGAAGGAGAGCUUCACAAUGAACCGGCCUCACGUGGCAGAGAAGUUUGUAAAUCAGCUCAUGUCUCAGGCCAAGGAAGAGGAAGAUUCUGUGACCUUCACCUCUGAGCACUUGCAGACGUGUCUGUCAGAAUUGGCUCGCAAUGUCAUGGCCCGUGAGAAACAUAGCUUUGAGAGCUACUCCAUGUAUUACGAGAAUUUACUGCGAGUUCAUCACCAGCUGCUCUACCAGAAGGAGCAGGACAUCAGGCACUUGAAGGACCAGCUGCGACAGGCUCAGGCCGAUACACGAGUGAGCGUGCAGUGUGAGCUGGCCAAUGAGGCCCAUGACUUGCUCAUGGAGAUCACUGCACUGCGGGCAAAGAUUGUGGAGAUGAGAGAGAUGAGCAUGAGCCAGGAACGGGACAUCAGAGAGCGUGUUCGUGAGGAAUACAAUGAUCUCAUACAGAACAUCUUCAACUCCACGUUCCAGCUAAGAGGCAAAUUUGAUGAGUUUAGAAAUGACCUUCACGAUGACGUCUUUGAGAAAAUCAAUGAGACAAGGAGGGAGGCUGCUUCAGCAAUGAGCAAACUGCAACAGAAAUUUAGAGGAGUUUCAAAUGAUGAAGAGCUUCAGGCAAACCUCAGCCGAGCAGAGCAGAUUCGAAGCUUGCAAAAUGAAAACCAUCAUCUGAAUCAGCUGAUCCUCAAGAUGAAAGCCAUGAACAGCUGGAGACAGAAUGUGAAGACCCACAACUUUCUCAAGACAACUUCUGACCUACGCAAAAAAGCUGAAGGCAGCAAAAAAGAUCACCUGGGAAUGAAAAUGUUGGCUGAGGAGGAAGUGGUUCUGCUGAGGCAGCAGCUCGUGGCCAUACGCAAAGCCCUGACAUCGACGGAGAAAGACUGCAACGAAGUCAGGAAGGUGCUGCAGAGAGAGCAAAAAGUGCGUUCUGAAAGAGAACAUGAGGAAGCUCAAAAGGAGAGAAGCAAGACACAGCUGGAGCAAGCCAAACAGGCAAUUGUUGACCGACUGGCUGAUGAGCUCCUAGACAAAGACUCACGCCUGAAGAAGCUGGAGGACGAGCAGGAUCGAGUGACCAAGAUGGCCCAGAUCUCGUAUGAGAAGACGCGCCGAGACGCCGAGACAGUUCGCAAACAGCUCAAUCAUGAGCGCAGCCUCAAACUGGAUGCUUUCCAGAGGGUGGACACUCUGCAGUCACAGGUGUAUGACUAUGAGUCCUGCUUGUUGAACAGACCACCAUCAGUUGCCCCUGCUGCUAUAGGUAAACCAAGGUCCCGCGCCACUUCUGCUCAGAUGAGCCGUCGCAGUCGACCAUCCACAGGGGGAGGUAACUGGCCGCCACCCAUCUCUUGGCCUGCCAACCGCAGCCUCACGCCAAUGGGUGAUGUCCCCCUUGAUGUGAAUGCUCCUAUGAACAACGAGCUUAAGAAGAUACAGAGACCCAAAACGGUGGGUGGACGGCUACGCAGUCGCAUUGCAGAACAACUCCUGAACGAACUGGAGCCAGACACCCAUCGCACGAUUGUCCAGCUGGAACAGCUUCAGAUAGAGGCAGCUCAGGGCUCACGCAGGGACAAAUACUAGACUGCCGGCUCUCCCACUCUUCCUUGUGUCAUCAGUGGAGGAGUGUAUGGGGUGGAGAACAUAGGGGGCAAAGGUCAAAAGACACAGAAUGGCAUUAGCAGAAAAGUUAAAAACAUAAUAAAUUCAAAGGUCAUGGAUAGCGUAGGUGUAAAGGUCAGUGGUGAAAUGGGUCAUAAAGUUGAGGACUUAAGCCAACAAACUCCAACUGAAGUAAGAAACAUUGAGGAAGGAAAAAUAAAGUUUUCAAACAAACAACGUAGGGUCAGAUUUUGUCCAGAGCCUGUUGUUCACAGCAGUUUGUAAACUCUGUGGGAAAGGACAUAAAAGAGUCAAAAUAAGUAAAGAAUGAAAGGAAAAGUUUUUCACUGAGGUUUUUUGUUUUACUUCCUCAUUCAUAUAGAUGAGAUGCAAGGAAAUUGUUUUAGAAGGGAGUUAAAACAAGAUGAAGGUAAAAUGAAGGAAAUUAUUCACUUGAUGUGACUUUUUGCCAUUUGCAUUGUUCCUAAAGCGACUUUUUGGGGAUUUUUAUCUUUCAGGUUAUGUCAAGGAGACUACAUGUUGCUUCUAUCAAUCAUUUUACAAAGGAUAUAAAGUGGUAUUAUAGGUAUAUUUGUAAAGAAACUGUUCAAAUACAGGGUUUUAAAUAUCAUUGUAUGUUUAUAUUAAGGCUUCUUGUCUCAAUCCAUGUUUAAAACAGCUCAUUAUCAUCAGCAUUAUCAUCCAUCGAAAUCAGAUAUAUACAUUUAUGGCAUUAGUGUACGCUUUAAUGCUGUUCAUCUUCAAUGUUAUUGGAUGGGGCAGCAAAUCAAUUUGUAGGCUUUGCAUUUGCUAUUUUUGACUCUUUUUUAAAAUGUCAAUAUUUUUAUAAUCAGUGUAUAUUUUUUUAGCUUAACGAUUCUUUUUAUAUCUAUUAGUUGGGAUCAGAAGGUUUUUUUGUGCAUAUUUCUGAAUUUUGUUCCAAUGUUUUGUAUUUUUUGUCUUGUCAUUAAAGUGUUGAUCUUGCCUUUGUUAUUAGAAGUAAUUUCUUCUACAGUUCCGCCAAAAAAAGUUGAAUGAAAUUAAACCUUUAAAAAAUUGUUGUAAUAGACUUAGAUCUAUAUAUACACAGAUAUACAGAAAAUUUACUUUUUACCAUUACUUGUUUUGGUUUUUGUAGUAGUGUUUACCGGAGAUAAUGUUUCCUUUGAUAUUGGAAUGCUUUUUUCUAGAAAGUCUAUCAUUGCUUGAAAGAAGUCUUUUCUAUAAUUAUAAUAUUUAUCGUAAAUUGAUUAUUAAAUCUUAAUGUUCCCUUAUGCUAAAAUGGUUUAGCUGAGUUGUUUAUCUCACUACCAUGAAUGUGUUUUCUAACAAAAAAAUUGUUAAGGAUAGAGUAUCAUGUUGCUAAUGAGUAAUGUUAAUAUCUUCCUCUCUAUUUCUUUAACAAGUCAAUCUUAGUUUAGUUUUAGUAGAGGUUUUACGGCGCUCGCAACUACAUAAGGUCAUAUGAGCGCCAGUAAGUCAAUCUUAGAGGAAGGUUGGGUUAGGUAAAGAAUAAGUUGGAGAGGGAGAAAGAAGGGAGGGGUCAAAGUAAUAUAAAUUCCUAGGGAUUCUGUACUGAUAAAUGAGAUCAAAUAUCUCAGUUCGUUUUUCAGUGCAGUGCAAUGCAGGCUGGUGUGUACUUUCACAAACUGUGAUCUGUGUAGUUCCAUGAGCCUUAGUCUGUUCAGAUAACCUUUUUUUGUUUGUGAUAGUCUUCAGAUAGAUGUUUAUUUGCUUCAGUCUUUUUUGUUUGUUUAUGUAUUUGCCUAGUAGGCUGUGUUAUAGCAAUGUAGUGAAAUGAAUAAAGUAUGAUUCUUUAAAAAA